AUGGAAAUCUCCCAGCACGCCCGAUACGUCUGCACAUUCUGCGGCAAGAACAGCGUAAAGCGAAAGGCCGUGGGCAUCUGGGAGUGCCGAUCGUGUAAAAAGACCGUUGCUGGUGGUGCCUGGACUGUCUCAACACCUGCGGCUGCUACCACUCGAUCGACCAUCCGUCGUCUCCGAGAAAUUGCGGAAGUUUAA